GUUCGUGCUUGCGUCCGUCACCUGCCCCCCCCCCCUUCUCACUCCCCUGGCCUAUAGCUCACCGGCGCCUACAGACGAUAGGUACACAUAGCUGUCUCUACCUGUAGUAGCAGCGCCUCGCGUUCCGGUAUAAGCCUUCGUCACCCUCCUCACCCCCCCCAGGCACUCUCUCUGGAGCCACGCCCGCGCCAUCGGACCUGUCACAUCGAUUCUAGCGUUCCCAGUGGGGGGCAGCUCUGGGUUCCCCGUUUGGCGCCUCUCGUCUCAGCAUCGACUAGGCAGCGUGCCACGGCCUCCUGCCUAUAAUCCUUGUCUCCACGCAGCGUCCUGCCCAUCCCUGGUCCCACCACCAGGGUCACUUCUUAUUAUUAUAACCGCCUGUCCCUUCUUCUCUCCCUCUCUCGCACACCUGCUGCUGCCCUACCCAGCGCCGGGUUCUUCGUCCUCGCCUUCCUCUACGGUGACUUCUCCGCGCUGCCUGUAGACGUCUUGGAUUCUUCUCUCCUCCUAUCCCCCCAGAGUCAUUCACUUGACUCGAGGCUAUACUCACGACUUACUCUCGCCCGUCUAAGCGCCCUCUCCCGUCUUUCCUCCUCCUCUCUUUAUCUCUCUUUGUCUAGGAGCUCGCCACGAUGCCUGCCGUCAAACCGAAGCUCGCGCAGCUGAAGACGCCCGUCACGGCGACUUUUCCCUCAGAACUGUCCGCCCUGUCGGCCAAGACGCCUCGUUCGGCCGUCCCGGACUUCAUCAAGGAGGAAUUUCCCAGCAGCGCUAAAACUCCUAUCACCCCGCCUACCGCUUACAUGGAUUUCCUCAAGGCCAUGUCGGUAGCCUCGCCAGUGGUACCGGGGAAGAGGUCGGGGACGAGCACGCCGGAAGACGAUUCGGCACAGGAAUCAGUACCGUCAACCGCAAGCAGCGAACAGACGGAUUGCUCCUGCAAAUGCGGGAACCACAGGCCAGCUGCCGGCAUCCCGCCGAGCCCUUUUCCGAGCCAGCCCAUGUCCGCUCCGCUAGCGGGAGCGACCUCGUUCCCUAGCAUCUACAUGCCGCCGUCUCCCGCGGCGUCGACGAUAGACUCGCCGCUUGGCGCCCGGUCACCUUUUAGCGCGAGAUCGGUGCGGUCGUCCUUCGACUGGGAAGCGGCAUUGAAAUUCAGGCACUCGCAGGAUUGCAGGGCGCACAAAUCGUCGAGCAAGAGCGUGCGACACAUCCGGGAGGUGGUUACUAGGACUGUCACGUACACGCCGAGGGUGGGUCCGGCACCGAAAGGCAAGAGGAGGAAAACGACGCAUGUGGACUGUUCCAAGGCGCAGGCUGCGGUAGCAGCCGUAACGGCCGCCGCCGCGGCUCCUCCUCGAACCAACGCAGUUUAAACAGCAACUCGGUAUCGACACCGACGUCCCUCAGCAACCGUCACCACUACCAUCAUCACUAGCACCAAUCCGAAACGAACUAAAGUCUUAUCACCCGAUUCCUCCCCCCCCCUUAUCUCGCAAUGGCAUCUGCACCGGCAUGCACCGUCUACUUCCAUUUGUCCAUAUCUAUUGUUGCAACGGCUUCAUUUAUCCACUCAUUCAUAUUUACCCGCUCGCGCUCUCUCAUCUUUCUCUCCAUUUCUGCGAUAUUUCGAACCACGGGCGGCGUAUCGAUGGUUAAUCUGCGCCCUCCCCCAUUUCUUUUCGGCGGAUUUACAGGGGAUUUCCGGGCGAGGAUACGUCCGAGAGAGAGAGAGAGAGAGGAGGAGGAAGCAGGGAAGGGGAG